CAUAGUCUGACACAAAGGUUAGAUAGCCAGGAACACAGAGUGUGCAGCUCCAUCAAUAACAGUAGAGCUCAUGGAUAGACUACUCUAUGACAAUGUGAUAGCUUUGGCUUUGCUGCUCUGUAUUGGUGCACAGGUCAUGUGUCAGCUAUGUGAGAGGCCAUGCCAGUGUCCCAGUACUCCCCCCCAGUGCCCCGCUGGUGUCCCGCUGGUGCUGGAUGCCUGCCAGUGCUGUCAGGUGUGUGCCAGGAAGCGAGGCGAGGCCUGCACUGAAAUGCUUCCCUGUGACAACCAGAGAGGACUCCAGUGUGACUACAGCGCCAGCUUCCCUGGAAACCCUGGGGAGUGUGUUAGUCAGAAGGAUCUGAACUGCGAGAUCAACGGAGUCACUUACUACGACGGCCAGGCUUUCCAGCCCUCCUGUCAUUCUUAUUGCCACUGUAAGAGUGGAGGAGUGACCUGUGUGCCAGCUUGCCCCUUGGAGGUCCAUCUUCCCACCCCAGACUGCCCCAACCCACAGCACGUCCUGCUACCAGGGAAGUGCUGCAAGGAGUGGGUGUGUGAGAACUUGGAGAACACCAUCAUUCAGGAUGCCAUCACAGCCACAAGACCCAACAGACUUUGGCCAUUCCUUCCAGGGGACCAGCAUAUGAACCACCCGCUCCCACCUGCCUCCACAUGUGUAGAGCGGAGUACUCAGUGGAGUGCCUGCUCCAGAAGCUGCGGGGCUGGGGUCUCCACAAGGGUGUCCAACAAGAACCUGGCCUGCAAACUGGAAAUUCAGACCAGGCUUUGUAAAGUCCGGCCUUGCCAGGCAGUCCAGUCACCUCAAAGGCGACCUAUGUGGGAACGGUGGGGACAAUGUAAGGCCAGCUACAGGUCACCCUUACCCAUCCGCCUCGUCCACCAGGGUUGUUACAGCACUCAGGUUUACCGCCUGCUUUACUGUGGACAGUGCAGCGACUCCCGCUGCUGCACUCCCUACAAAACCCACACAGCUGAGGUGGGCCUCCGCUGCCCUUCUGGCAGACUAUUAAAAAGGGCUGUGAUGAUGAUCCAUUCAUGUGUCUGUCAUCACAACUGCCCAGAAACAGCACACUUCAACCCUGCACUCUGGGGAUACAGGCCUUGAUUUGGCUCAGAUGCACUCACUGACUUACUGACUGUGAAAACUUGUCCACUCAGGACAAAUGCGGGAGACGUGUGUAAUGUUUUACAUGUGGAUCCAGCUUUGUAUGCUCUUUACAAGCCCUCGUGCCCUGGAAGGGAAAGAAAAUGAUGCAGUGGGUUAUGAACUUUGACCAAGUUGAACUCCUCACAAGAUGAACGAACUCAGUCUGCACUAAGAAUACACAUCUCCACUCUACUUCAAUAUACACUCCUGCACCAUGUGUGAACCGGAGUCCUGAGGGUUACUGUAGUUGCUGAUCCUGAUCCAACCAGCAAGAUUAUUUAGUGUAUUUGGAGUGACAAGGAUGUUAUGUUUCUGAUAACUUAGGAACUGUAACACAAAAAAGAAACUUUUGACUAAUUGUAAACCAUGGGCAAAAGGCACAUGCCCGUUGUUGAAGAGGUUUUAGUUUUGGAGACAUAUCUAAGCCAUAUACAUGGCUUUUAGGGUUAAUGUCAAAGACCUUAAAGUUGUAUUUUUGUCAAGUACAAACGUAGAUACAUAGAACGACACCAGCCUAUGUGUUGACAGAUACUGUAUUCUUAAAUGAAAAAUAUAUUUUGCAUUUGUACAUUGACUGUUUUUGUAGCCAAAUGACAUUGCACUUAUUUUCUUCAUGUUUAGUUUUGUUGUAAAUAAUUCCAUCUUAAUGCAUUUAAUGUGUGUACAAAUUUGUUUAUUGCAUGUGGCCUGUUUAUUCUCAAAAUGCUUUUUUUGUAUAUCCAUGUUUUAUGUGUGUGUGUGUGUGUGUGUGUGUGUGUUUGUGUAUUAUAGUUUGAUACAUUAACUUGUAUAUAUAUUUACUUUUUUAAAUUGUUAUUUCUCUCAGUUAUGCUUAAUACCCAUUUCAAAGUGUUCAAAAAGGCUUGAGAGUUGUAAUUCCUGUCAUGUAUAUAGUAUACUUAUCUCCAAAUUAUCACGAUAAUUUGGCCCCUAACUUUGCACAACUUGUUUUCAUUCCCCAGGUUUUCAAGAGCUUGUGAAAACUCAUUUAGGGCAUGCAGAAAUACCCUGCGCUGCAAACGUUGUUAUAGGUGUGCCCAGUUUACAUCAAACCAAUUUCCCACUUGGCUUUUGAAAAAGGUCACGUUUGCUCUUGUUUCAGAUAGACAUUGACACCUGGUGGCUUCCACUGGAUCUACUGUUUAGAGCUAGGUCAGUGUGAAGUGGUUGAAAGACAAGUGGCCAGACCUGGCCACGAAAUAUUACGCAUAAAAUUCUGAUUUAGACAUUCGACCGCUUGAUUUAGUGCAAAGACGGUGACUGUUAAAAGUCUAAAACAUCCACCAUGUAUGCUCCUCGUAAUAUUGUGAGGCGUACUCAACAAAAUUCUAAUACAUUUUCAAAAACAUGAUAAUUUUAGAAUUUUUUUCUAGAGUUUUACAAUUAAAAACAUUCUAAAGACAA